CAGUCCUUCCGGUGAAACCAGCUCCGCUCAUCGGCCCCAGGGUGCACACAGAAGCAACUCCUCUUGAGAAAAGGGAAAGCCAACGCCCCGCUGACGCUGAACUCAAGUCAGUCAGUCCUUCCUCCAGAGCUUCUGUGGUCGUGACUGAGCUCCAACAGGGUCUAUUUCACGGAGGCUUUACAUCGGUGACGUUCAUCCACCUGCAGGGGGAAAAUAACCCAAACUUCAAACGGGAGCAGCAGCCAUCAACACUGGGGCUGUUCUCAAGACAACUUUGCUUAUUCAAACAUUUCCCGUCGGUCGCUGGCGAUAACCCUUAACAACAAUCUGUAUAUACGUAUAAUACGUAAGUUAUUGCAGAAUGGCUGAUACAACCGGGUCCAGCGCCGCUGGAAUGCUGGAGAAGCUGAAAAGUUACGUGAAGACCCAGAAAGGUUUUAUCCUCGCAGCUGAAAUACUCAUCAGUUUCAUUAUCAUCAUCUGCUACGCAGCAUCUCUGUAUGGAGGCUACUCCGCGGUGGCCAUCUGCGAGAUGGUUUUCGCCAUGGCCUUCUUCGGCAUCUUCAUGAUGGAGUUGGACAAGCAGUUCCUAUUGGUCAACUGGGUCUGGAGUGAUCUUUUCCGUGCUGGUAUUGGUGCUAUCCUUUACAUCAUCACUUCUCUGAUCUGUGUGAUUGGAGGGGCCGGGGACGGCGCUCGUAUAGCAGGCGGGGUGUUUGGUUUGAUCGCUGGUCUGCUGUUUGCCUAUGAUGCCUACACCAUUUUCCUGCAAAUCAAGAGCACCAGGCAGCACACGGCAGCAUCCACCAAUGACGGAGUUUAAACACUCCGAGACACGUGUCUCUGUCAGGGUCGUAGAAGAAGAACAAAGAGGAAUUUGUGCAGAAGUUAACGGAAGAGUGGAUCAAAGAGGGGAUGAUGGACAGUAAAAAUGAACAGGUCACAGUUUAAUCAAUGCCACUGUAUGGUGUGAACAGACAAGAGAUUUAUUUAGGGCCGUGCUUGAGAGGAGUAUGACGUAGCCUGAGUGGUACUGUACUGCACAUCUAUGCCUGCAUGUCAGACAAAAAAAUGUCUACUACAUGAAGAAUUCCCCUCACAACUCCAGCCUCAAUAUACCACUGAUUUAAUAAGGGAAAUUAGCAAAUAAUAGGCAGUGGCUGGUGUCCUCAAGCAGCUUGUCUAACACAUGUCUACUGUUAAUGGACUGCUGUAAUAAGUAGUAACUGUAUCAUUUGGGUUUUUUAAGUAACUGACACAUGAAUGGGUGCUUUAGGAAUUGUUUAACAUGAUAAUUAUGCUUUUCUGGAGUGUGUUUUCUGUAUGUUCAGUGAGGUUUUAUUAGCUGGCCAAACGUGUCUUUCUCUGUUAUUUAAAGCUACUACAAGGAAUUUUCAUUUGCUAAUUUGAGUGUCCCCUGUGGACAAAUGCAGUAGUGUUUUUCCCAGAGUGAAGACUGUAUUUCACAUGAGCACCGCCACCUCCAGUCAUAAAGAUGUUGAUCUGGCAAGCGCAUACAUUUGUUUUGGAAGUGAGUGAAAGAAAUAAGUAACAAAUUUAGAUGUUUUUUCUUUUUUGAACACAGCUGUUUGCAGGGUGCAUAGCGAUGAGGUAAUAUGUAUAUGUGGAUAUUUAAGAAUAAUAACUAAUAUGACCAUGGUUAAAAAAAGUUGUUUUUGUACCGUUCAUACACCUAGGCCUCAUGUAAUGCCUGGUGCACACUAGAGGAUUUUCAAAUCUUAACUGAUUUUUAAAAUGUGGGAUACCACAAACAUAACAACAUAAUUAAUCGAUAUUUUAAUCUUAAGAACGCACACACACGACGAUUCAGUCAAGACACAGGAUCACACACACUCACAGAAACUUUCUUGAUCAAACGUGACUUCAGACAUAAACAAACGUGAAGGCAGACUGUCGUCGUCAGCUAGCUGCACUUGUGUGUGCUAUGUUUUGCACAGGAAAACAAAAAAAUAAAAAUAAAACAGUGGAUGAACUGAUGAUAAUUGGUUCUGACCAGACUCUGCUCGGGAAUGCCCACCCAAUCGGCCGAAUUAUCCUCUAGUGUGUGGCCAGCAUAAGCCAUUUGGUUGUGCAAUUUUGUUACGAAAGCUAAAGCAUUCCCAUCCAUCCAUCCAUCCAUCCAUCCAUCGUCAACCGCUUAUCCUGUGUACAGGGUCGCGGGUAAAGCAUUCCCUAGUAAUGUUAUUUCUUCAGUAUAAGCCAACAACAAGAUAUAGCCCAGCAGCAAGGCCAUCAUAAAAUGUUACCUUGUAUAACAAUUUGCCGUAGACUGGAGUGAGACAAUAGACGUUUCAGAAAGCUAUUGCGAUCGCUCUUCUUCUCAAUAAAACAUCUUGGGUGCGACCUCUCGAGUCAGAAUCAAAAAAAUCAAAAUGCAUCGUCUUCUUUUCAGUUUACAGUGGACACUAGUUUUGAUAUAAGGCUCUGGUAAGAUUAGCUAUUUCUAUAUAGCUAUAGCUAUAACUAUAUAGAAAUAGCCACUCUUCCCGCUGAUGUUCUCGUUUGUUUAUGUACGUCUUAUAGAGGCAUCAGUAUUAAAUUAAGACUGUUUCAUAACCAGUUAAAAUGUCCUUGUAGCUGCUUUAAUCACUGUUCUUUAGAGUGCUCCCUGUGUGUUACAGUGCCUUAACGUCUCAUUCAAAAUAACCAGUUCCUUCAUCUUAUUCAUUUUUAUUCCUGACUCCUAAACAUUUGAAGUAGUCACUGUUUUUGUACUAGUCAGAUUUUAGUCUGCACCUCCAUUAACCAUCAAACAUGUUUAUUAUUUAAAUUACAGUGUCAUCCUCCAGUUUCACACAUCUACUUUGCUCAGGUUUUUUUCCUUUAUGCAUUUGUUACACACUUUUAAGGUGCAGAAUAUUUUGCUGUUGACAUUUAUACAGUCCAUGAGUACAGUAAAGUUAAUGUUUUUUUAAGUACAUGUUCUCUUUUGAUGAGACAGAUAAAGAAAAAUCCAUUUCUAAAGAAAAAUGACAUUGUUUUGGAAUUUUAUGAUGUGAAUAUCGCAAUUUGAGUACUUCCUGUAACUGUUUCCUCUACCCUUUGGUUGUUAUUUGUUCAAGUAAAAUAUCACCUUAUCUUUAUUAUUUUUUCUAACAUGCUUUACAACAGUCUGCAGUUUGUAAUGUCAAAAUUCAAAGCAGCCUUGUUUGGGAAAUAAAAGCCAUUGUUACUUCAAAGAAAA